UGUAUCCCUGAUGUGGUUUUCCAGUUUCUAUCUAAAACGUCAGAACGGUUACUUGUUAGUCUUCUCAUACCGUUAAUUUUAGUGGUCCGUGUUUGAGAGUUCUGGAAAUGGCGUUAAGUUUGAGUUUUCACAGAGAGCGAUGAACUUCUAAAAAUGGAAUCUGUCAGUUUAUGUUUUUCUUUCCCGACAACUAAUUUUCUGAAGUUGCUUUAGUGAUAGCCUUAUUUCCUCUUUUGGGGGCAUUGGAAGGAUUCUGAACCCUCUGUUUGGAAAUGAGCUAAAGCAACGCUGUGGCGCAUGUCCGCCAAGGAGCGUGGCUGCCAUACGGCACCAGGGGAACUUUUAUGUGACACGCACACAAGUUUCUUAAAAAAAAAAAAAAAAGACUGCAAUUUGCAUCUUUGCUUUUAUUCCCUUUUUUUUUGGUGCAUGUCUUCGUAUCUUCUCUCUCUUGCUUGUUUGACUUUCUGGCAUUCAUUCAAAUUCUUGAUAAGUUACCGUAGUUUUUAGAACUUUUUUUUCACACCGUGUCUUGUGUAAGUUGGUGACUAGGGUGCAGAGAUGUUUAGGACAAGCUGAUCUCACUGGUGGAAACUAUGUCGAAGAUGAGAAUGAGAAUCAGCCUUGUGAUGGCCAUGAAAAAUGAGGCCGCCUCUGCUGUGGGAGCAGCCUGGUCCUCACGUGCUUUUGUGCUGCCUGGGUUCGACAGCAGGUAGCGGGGCCUGUCAGCAAAAACUCCCCUCCAGCCAAACUGUGCACCGGGCAUUUGACCAGGAGCCACCCCUGGGAUCUAGCAUGAGGCUCAUGUUUGCUGCAUGGACGCUCUCAAGAUCUGGAUUCUGGCUUCUCAGCGUUCUUGGUAAUAACUGCCUGACCUGUAUCUUCCAGAUAAUCGUUAUGUACCUUCAGGUGUUAGAGUGUGAGCGUAACCAGCACCUGGUCCAGACCUCAUGGGUAGCCUCUGAGGGUAAGUGACUAAGACUUCUCCUCUACUGUCCAAGCGCUUUGGUGCAGGGACAGCGGCCGUCCUCAGCCAGUCCAGUGCAGGCUCUCCGCCGAAGGCCGGCUCUAGACGGUGGUAUGCUCUCGAUAGUAUAGUGCUGGCCGACUGCUGCUGUGGUUCUCUGCCGGUUGUGCUUCUUGUAAUCCUCUGUCGUGCUUUGGUAAUUGUAUCGAUUAGAGUUAACUGUCUUGACUUGAAUUUUGUCCCUUUAAAACUGCUGUUCUUGUGCAAUAAAGAUGCAGUACCUUUCUCUUACAAAUUGUUUCUACGGAAAGCCGUAAGAAUUGGCUGAUGGGAAUUCAGACUUCAGAGUGGGAUUAUGUCAUUAUUCCUGGAAGUCCUAAAGUUGCUCUUUUCAGCAGCUGAGUAUUGACACGUUUUAGUAAAAGGUGUGCAUCUUUACAUUAUUUCAUGGACACUUUUUAUAUUGUAACUUAGAUGUACAAUAAGUUAAAAUACACGUUUCAGGGACUUCAUUUGUUUUGUUUUUAGGAUUUAAAAGUUAGUAGAUUAAUGUUCUCACUGUUUGAGUACUGAACAUUUAUUAGAACCAAAAAAGUUACUGAUGGUUAUGUUGAUGAAGUGUUUGAACUGUUCAGUUGAAUUGCUCUGAGACCUACGGCCUUGGUGCCAUCACAUGGGUUUUUCCUCCAUUACCUCUUGGUGCCUGGAGCAAGGGCUUCCAGAGCCAGGGGCCACUAGCUGGCGUUUGUUGACUGUAUCACUGAGAAAUCGGGAGCGGGUCUGUGUGUCCCCUUCGCCAGGGUUUAGGGCAGAGAUAUUGGGGGGUGGGGGGGUGGGGGGUAUCAGUCAAAUCCGGCAGCCUGACUUGGCUCCCCUGUGGGUGUGGCCUGAUCUUAAGGCUCGCCGUAGUGGGAUACGUUAGGAGCAGUAAAUGUAUGAUCUAGUUGACUGUCUUCUCUUGGAAUUCAUCUGUUGUUUUUGCAGUAUUGAUGAAAUUAAUAUGAGAUCUGAUUUUGGUCUAUUUUAGAGAAACAGAUCUAAAAGAAAAUGUUGAAAUGUAGCCAAUUUUAAAACCCUUAAGCUUAUUAAAAAUGCAAAUGUUUUGUAUUUUUAUUUCUUCUAAAGUACAGUGUUUUUUAAAUGUAUUGAUUAUGAUGAAACUUGUAGUGUUUUGUUGCUUUUGUCUGAUUUUAUGAAUGUUCAUUUUAAGACUCCUUAUUGAAAUGGGACAAUUUGGAAACGGUUCUUUGAUAAGCCUGAGAAGAGGACUUCCCUUUGGGCAUUGAGUCUUCCUCUGCAUGAUGUUCCCAUGCACCCAAGGGUGUUUUCCCUUUCCAAGUGGACUCCGUCACGGAACGAGAAGGGCCAGACCCUGAGCGCCUCUUCAAGGAAAAGGGACACGAGAGGACGGCUUGUCUCCGAAGAGCCCUCGCAGGCUGCCUGCUCAGCCCAUUCAUUUGAGAAUUACAUGAACGACAGCCUUCGCACAGACGUCUUCGUGAGGUUCCAGCCUGAGAGCAUCGCCUGCGCCUGCAUUUAUCUUGCUGCCCGGACACUGGAGAUCCCUUUGCCCAAUCGUCCCCAUUGGUUUCUUUUGUUUGGAGCAACUGAAGAAGAAAUUCAAGAAAUCUGCUUAAAAAUCCUGCAGCUUUAUACCCGGAAAAAGGUUGAUCUGACACACCUUGAAAGCGAAGUGGAGAAGAGAAGGCACGCCAUCGAAGAGGCCAAGGCACAGGCCAAGGGCUUGCUGCCUGCUGGCACCCAGGUCCUGGACAGCACUUCAGGGUUCUCACCUGCCCCCAAGCUGGCAGAAUCCCCCAAAGAAGGUAAAGGAAACAAGCCUUCCCCCCUGUCUGUGAAGAACGCCAAGAGGAAGAUGGAGGGCAUGAAGAAAGCCAAGGCUGACAGCCCGGUGAACGGCUUGCCAAAGGGGCGAGGGAGCCGAAGCCGGAGCGGGAGUCGUGAGCAGAGCUACUCGAGGUCCCCGUCACGAUCUGCUUCUCCUAAGAGGAGGAAAAGUGACAGUGGCUCCACGUCUGGCGGGUCCAAGUCGCAGAGCCGCUCACGGAGCAGGAGUGACUCCCCACCGAGACAGGCGCACAGAGGUGCUCCCUACAAAGGCUCCAAGGUAAGGAGCUAUCGGAAGUCUAAGGACUGCAAGUACCCCGCCCAGAAGCCACACAAGUCCCGGAGCCGGAGCUCCUCUCGCUCUCGAAGCCGCUCACGGGAGCGACCAGAUAAUUCUGGGAAAUACAAGAAGAAAAGUCAUUACUAUAGAGAUCAGCGAAGGGAGCGUUCUCGGUCUUAUGAGCGAACAGGCCAUCGCUACGAGCGGGAUCACCCUGGGCACAGCAGGCAUCGGAGGUGAGGCGUGGGGCUCCCGGAGCGCUGCCCUUUGACCCUUGGUGUGCACACCCCGGUGUGACUGGCCCUGUGGUGAGACUCUUUUUGGAAGUGGCUGUUGACUUUGGACCUUGUGAUGAGUUUGGAGAUGGAAUCCAGAGGCCGGCGAGGUGCCCUUUAGGCCGGCCUGGGCACGGCACACAGCUGUGCCGGCACAGGGCCCACCUCAGCAGCAGCCCCGUGGCCGCUGGAUGUGGACGUCCUGGUGGUGUGGCUUGGUGCUAACGACAGGCUGUGUCUUUACUCCCGUACCGAUACUGAAUUACGUUAAACCAAGAAAAUGACUAUUAGAAUCUUUGCCUAUAUUAGGUUGUACUUAUGUACAUAUUUUGCAGCGUUUCACAAUGAGAAAAUGGCCUUAAUAGCCCCUUAUUCUCUAUCCACCUUGUAAAUAAACGUGUUUAAUACAAGUUAAAGCUAUAUAUGAAAACUCAGAACUUGAAUUCCGUCAGCUUAAAACUUGUGUAGAGAAUUCGGAUUUUUAAAAUGUGAAGGUAUUUAGAUCUGUGUUGAAAGUCGUAUAUUUUUAUCUGUGCGAUGCUGAGUGCAGGCCACCAGCUCCUAAAUAGAGAAGUUUCCUAUAUAUGCAUUUUACGUGGUUAAAUAAACAAUUCUCUCUACUCAGGA